AAAGAUCGAAUCCCCAACUCCAACAGCCCCACACAUCCCGACAAGACAUAUGAGAGGAUGUAAAUCACGAUAACUCAGUUAGUCCAAUGGUAACAAGUUUUAUACUCAUGCGCAUCAGAAAUUCUGCUCAACAUGCAAAAAAUGUACUUCCACAUUAUCAUUACUCCAAUUUUCCAACCAGUCAACCAACUCAUUCAAUCAUUCAAGCUACAAAAUGCAUAACAUAACGUAGUCUUACCGCGGUCCGUGUGUACGAUCAUAGUGCUGUGCUGACUAGGGAAGCAUUAUUUAUUUAUUUUAUUCGAAUACGGACCCGUUUCCAUUUCUGAGAAAAAGAAAACUCUCGCCAUUUGAUCACACACAAACUCUAGAAAACCGUCAAACCCUAACCUGAAUCGCAAAUCAUUCCCGACGAAGAAAUCAUGGGGAACGCAGACAAAUUGAUGAAUCAGAUCAUGGAGCUCAAGUUCACGGCGAAGAGUCUCCAGCGCCAGGCUCGUAAAUGCGAGAAAGAGGAGAAGGCCGAGAAGGUCAAGAUCAAGAAAGCAAUCGAGAAGGGAAACAUGGACGGAGCUCGGAUCUACGCCGAGAACUCUAUCAGGAAGCGCAGCGAGCAGAUGAAUUAUCUCCGCCUCGCUUCCAGGCUCGACGCCGUCGUGGCCCGCCUCGACACCCAGGCUAAGAUGACAAACAUCGGCAAGUCCAUGGGAAACAUCGUCAAGUCCCUCAAUAGUACCCUCAACACUGGGAAUCUCCAGAAGAUGUCCGAGACAAUGGACACUUUCGAGAAGCAGUUUGUGAAUAUGGAGGUCCAGGCCGAGUUCAUGGAGAGCUCCAUGGCCGGGAGCACCUCCCUGUCCACCCCUGAGGACCAGGUCAACUCCCUUAUGCAACAGGUGGCCGAUGACUAUGGGCUUGAGGUUUCCGUUGGGCUUCCACAGCCUGCUGCUCAUGCCGUGCCCACAAACACGGUGGAGAAGGUCGACGAGGACGACCUUUCAAGACGCCUUGCUGAGCUCAAGGCCCGUGGGUAAACGAUGUUCUACAAGUAUGUUGUGCUUAUAGCACUGCAGAUUGACCACUUCCAUAUACUGUAAUUGUGUAUUAAGUGAAUUUCUACAUGUCUGUCGUGCCUGCCUAUGCCUUGGUGUAUUUAUAUUUACAUUUGGAAUGUGGAGUUCAUUUCCAUUUAUGCCUUAAGGCUCUCUUAUUAUGAAAUUAUUAUGUGCAGCAUCAUUCUUCUAUGUGCUGAUGCGUUUACAGAGAGAGUACUUGAAUAUGUUUGAUGCUAAGUAAACAUCUUCUCUGGUAUUUGCAUUGCCUACAAAGAGGUUAUUCUUCUAUGUGCUGAUGCCUCAUUAUUUGUUUAUCCCUACUUGCAUAGGGAUUAUAAUCUCGUUCAUGGAGUUGUAGUUUUACACAUUAAUAGUAUUAAGAAGUUUAUUA